AUGAAUCAAUAUAACGUUGGUCUUCUUGAUUUACCUAAUGAAAUAUUACUUAUCAUUUUGAAAAAGCUCAGCAAUAUGGAGGUUCUUUAUUCAUUAAUGGAUGUUCAUGAUCAACGACUUGACAUUAUAAUACAAGAAAAAACUUUCACUAAUACUCUCAAUUUUGUAUUGACAACAUUAACUCAUGAUAUUUUUUCGCCUACUGAUACAAUAGUUGAUCGAUUUUGCACAACUAUUUUGCCAAGAAUUCAUCACAAUGUUAAGUGUCUUAUUGUUGAUUCAAUAUCUAUGGAACGCAUUCUUCUUGUUGCUGAUUAUCCUAAUUUAACUGAACUUAAACUCUUUAAUUUUAAUCGUAAAAUUGUUUCACGUUAUUUUACAGAUCAAUCACCAUUUCGACGUAUUUUUCAAAAACAAAUUACAGAUCUUAUUCUUGAAGUCAAAGAAGAUUUGAAUAAUAUAUCAGAAAAACAUUAUACAAUAGAUGUGUAUGGAUAUAUUAUGAAAUUCUUCGAAAAUCUAAAACAUUUAUCUAUUCCUGGAUCAUAUUCCUACUAUUUUCCACCUUUGGUACUUGAUGAUUUACCAUUAACUACCUUAUUCUCUUCAACUCUUAAUAAAUUAUGUACUCAUGUGAGAAGUUUUGAAGAUUGUCUUUGUUUACUUGAUGGUCGUCUCAAACAAUUAACUACCUUGAUUGUUCAUAUGUAUGAGAUGGGAUAUGGUCCAUCGAGAGUUUACAAUAUGGUAAGUUUAUAUUUUAGUUUAAUCUUUUUAACUGAAAAAAAAUACUAUUGA